UCUUCAUUCUCAUACACACAUACACACACGCUCUCCCUCUCUUUCUCUCGCGACAUCGUCUCGCCUACAAACACACUGUUAAAAAAAAUGAAUCUCUCGCCUACUUCACGGACACUGUUCGUGGUCCAGAUCGGUACAUUCCUUUCUGGCUUCCUGGUCAUCGUCUGUUGUUGUCUCUACCUCUCCGCCUACCCAAAGUCGCCGGACGCAGGUUCCGUCUCAGCCAUUGCCUGCGCAACGCUAGCCUUUGCUCUCUUAUCCACCAUAACGACCCUCGUCCUCGUCAUCCGACAAAAGACUGGCAGGUCUAUCAGCGCUAAUAUUGAGGGCUGUUGGGUCGGCCUUGCCCUCGUGCUCUGGAUAUUGGCCUCCGUCGGAGGUAUCGCCAAGCCUGCCAAUGACAUGAGGAACGUUACCUGCAAAGUCCUUCCCACUGGCAAGGAGACCGACGACAAGAACUUCAAGCGCGCCUGCCAGUCCAUGUUCGCCUCAACAGCCUUCUGCAUCUUAUCCGCUAUCUUCUUUAUCGCCACCGCCAUCAUCCUGGUCACAUUCGCCAUCCAGAGAGCCGUUAACGACAAGAAGGCCGCCCAGGUCAAGGUCGGCGGCACCUACCAGCUUGGACCAUCGCCCUCUCAAUACAGACGCGCCGAACAGGCGUACGAAAUCCCCGUAGAAGAGCCAAAGGAUGAAGAGGCCGGCGCUUCGCCCUCGGCUGAGCCUGCUACAUCCGCCGCCCCAGACCUCAGUACAUCCGUCCUUAGUCCAGCAACGACAAGCACACCAGCAGCCGCUACGGAGACUCACCAUUUCUCUAAUAAUAUAUACCAGACCCCAGUCAUCACGACAGCUGCACCUGUGGCAACUCCUGCACCGGCUGCUAUAGCCCAUUCAACCUUGACGCCCUCUCCAUACAACACUUACGCAGGCAGCGGACAUAUACCUCAAGCCAGCUAUCAAUCAACCGCAGGAGGAUACGACAAUAUUGGAAGUUACAUGGGCGGACAUGUCCACCAGGGAUCAGCGGUUUCGAACAUGUCGGCCAAUGCCUACGACCAGUACAACCCCAGCCCCUAUGGCAAUGCAGGCACCAUGUACCCACCUCAGCAACAACAACAGCAUCCAACUCAGGUUCAGAUGCCUUAUCCACCUACAGCUUAUCCGAUGAUGGGCGCUCUUCACCAGAAUUCGCCCUAUGGCAACCAGUACGUGAGCCAGCAGCAGCCAGGGGCCGGUCUACAGACGCCUGUCAUGGCGAUGCCUCGGCCAGAGUACUUUUAAAAGGCAUCGUCGUAACUUUCUACCUACCAUUUACUACCUUGCAUAUAAUAAACUAUAUAAUAAUAAAUAUUGUCAUCCUUCGAGAA